AUGCCGGUCCACUACGUGACGUACGAAGGUGUUAAGUUCCCCCCUGCCUACAACUCCGAGCGCAGCGCGAGUUUCGCCAACAACGAGUUCCUGGUGCGGGACGAUGACAUCUUCAACGUCACCUACCCCAAGUCUGGCACCGUGUGGAUGAACGAGAUCCUAAGCCUCAUUCGCAGCCACGGCUGCCCCAUCUGGACCCUCAGCUACCCCCCACCUUGCCUGCUGACCUACCACCUCCCCAGGCACAUCUUCCCCGAGUCCUUCUCCCAUUCCAGGGCCAAGGUUGUUUACACCCUACGGGAUCCUCGAGAUGUUGUUGUCUCCUACUAUUACUUCUCCAAGAUGUGCAACAGCUAUGAGGAUCCCAUGUCCUUCGAGCAGUUCCUGAGGGACUUUCUGGAUGGAGAGUUGCCCCAUGGCUCCUGGUUCGAACACGUCCGAGGCUGGAUGGAGUUGAAGGACACAGAGAAUUUCUUCUUCAUCACCUAUGAAGAGCUGAAGCAGGACUUGCACAGCAGCGUGAGACGCCUCUGUCAGUUCCUGGAGCAGGAUUUGGAUGACAGUGCCGUCUCCUCAGUGGUGCAAAAUGCCUCCUUCACGGGGGAAUCCCGAU